UUCACUGCUCUUACAUUUAUCAUUUCUCCAUUUCUCUGUAAAAUAAAAAAAUUAAAACAAAACAAAUUUCUCCUUCUCUCCUUCCUUCCCAUUCCACAUAGAUGUUAGGGUUUCUGGUUAUUUCAACAGUUUCAGAUCUUAUUAUAUUUUAACCGCGAUUGGAUCUCGAUCAUUUUCAUCUGAGAUUUGUUUGAUUUUAAGCUUUGGCGGUUUCUCGAGGAAUUUGUGUUCUAUGUUCUACUCCGGAUUCGAAUUUUCUCCUCCUUGUGUGUUGAAUUAGAUCUUGUAAAUUGGCUCCGCUUAAGCGAUCCCAGCGCCACAUGGGCGGUGGCCAGAUGCAUCAGCAGACCAAUGCUGCUGCGGCGACCUCUUUAUAUGAUCCUGCCGCGGCGGGUGGUGUGUCCUCGCAGCAUAAUGCUGGAGGAGGAGUUCCCACUACCGAUGCCGGUGAUGCGGUGAUGGCUCGCUGGCUUCAGUCUGCCGGUUUGCAGCAUCUGGCCUCUCCGUUGGCGUCUACUACCGGCAUUGAUAAUCGCCACCUGCCUAAUCUCUUAAUGCAGGGUUAUGGAGCACAAUCUGCUGAAGAGAAGCAGAGGCUUUUCAAGCUAAUGAGAAACCUCAAUUUCAAUGGGGAAUCAGCUUCUGAAACUUACACAUCAACUGCACAAACUUCAGCUGGUAUGGCAGCAUCAGAUAGUUUUUAUUCUCCAGAGUUUAGGGGUGAUUUUGGUGCUGGCCUUUUGGAUCUUCAUGCUAUGGAUGAUACAGAGCUUCUAUCUGAGCAUGUCAUGUCAGAGCCUUUUGAGCAAUCACCCUUCAUGCCUGGUGGUUCAAAAGGAUUUGACAAUGAUUUCAAUGUGACUAGUGAUAGACAGCAAAGAGGGCAAAAUGAUCCUGACUCAUCUGUUGCCUUCACUAAUGACAAAGAUAUCAGUACGAGGGAAAAUAAUGUGGCUAAAAUUAAAGUCGUGGUACGGAAAAGACCAUUGAACAAGAAGGAGACUUCCCGAAAGGAGGAUGAUAUUGUUACUGUAUUGGAGAAUUCUGUAACUUUGCAUGAGCCAAAGUUAAAGGUAGACUUGACCGCCUUUGUUGAGAAGCAUGAAUUUUGUUUUGAUGCUGUUCUGGAUCAGCAUGUCACCAAUGACGAGGUUUAUCGUAAUACUGUGGAGCCAAUUAUCCCCACCAUUUUCCAAAGAACUAAAGCUACAUGUUUCGCAUAUGGUCAAACAGGUAGUGGUAAAACAUUCACCAUGCAACCAUUGCCAUUGAGAGCUGCUGAAGAUCUGGUUAGAUGGUUGCAUCAGCCGGUUUAUCGUAAUCAGAGAUUUAAACUGUGGCUUAGUUUUUUUGAAAUAUACGGGGGGAAACUUUAUGAUCUUCUCAGUGAAAGAAAGAAGCUUUGCAUGAGAGAAGAUGGGCGGCAACAAGUUUGCAUUGUUGGACUGCAAGAGUUUGAAGUUUCUGAUGUACAAAUUGUUAAGGAAUUCAUUGAGAGGGGAAAUGCUGCAAGAAGUACAGGAUCUACCGGUGCCAAUGAGGAAUCAUCAAGGUCGCAUGCUAUCUUACAGCUUGCAGUUAAGAAGCACAGUGAGGUUAAAGAUACCAGGAGGAAUAAUAACGAUGUAAAUGAAUCAAAAAGUGGAAAAAUGGUUGGAAAAAUUUCUUUUAUAGAUCUUGCUGGUAGUGAACGAGGUGCAGAUACCACUGAUAAUGACCGACAAACUAGGAUUGAAGGUGCGGAAAUUAACAAGAGCCUGUUGGCCCUUAAGGAAUGUAUUCGUGCUCUGGACAAUGACCAGAUUCAUAUACCAUUUCGUGGGAGCAAACUUACAGAAGUACUCCGUGAUUCCUUUGUUGGCAACUCUAGGACAGUGAUGAUUUCUUGCAUUUCUCCAAAUGCGGGUUCGUGCGAACAUACACUCAAUACUUUGAGAUAUGCUGAUAGGGUUAAAAGUCUUUCAAAAGGCGGUAAUCCAAGAAAGGAUCAGAUUGUAAAUUCAUUACCUCCAACUACUAAAGAUGUGUCAUUAAUACCAUCACUGCCAGCUGCUUCCGAUGUAGAUGAUGCUUAUGAGCAAGUAGAAACUAAAGCUGGGGAUACAGGUAGAAGGGCUGUAGAGAGAGAAACUUUUGCCUACAACCCGGCUACUGAUUAUGACAGACAGCCACAUAGUUCUACUUCAAGUUACCCUAUAAAUGGGCGAGAAGAACGUGGGUCUUCCGGCUCAGCAGAUAGAGAGAGGUUUGAAAUAAACAAUUCAUAUGGGGGCUCCACAAGUCAAAAAGUCUAUCCAUCAGUCUCCCAAAACUCGGUUGAUGCAGAAGAGAAGGUGCAAAAGGUAUCACCAACUCGUAGAAAAGGAGUUAGGGAAGAAAAACCAGAGAAGUUGGGUAAUUGGUUGAAGAAAGAGAGCAGUGGAUCUGAUGUUUCCUCCUCAAACUCUAGGCAGCAGAAUAUGGGAAACUAUACCUCAAAUAAUACCAUGUUGAGAAAAUAUGAACCACUUCCAGAUGGGAAUAUCAAUGCGAUACUUGAGGAAGAGGAGGCCCUAAUCGCUGCUCAUAGAAAAGAAAUCGAGGAUACAAUGGAGAUUGUUCGUGAGGAAAUGAAACUGUUGGCAGAAGUAGACCAACCAGGUAGUCUCAUCGACAACUAUGUGACUCAGUUGAGCUUUGUACUCUCGCGCAAGGCUGCAGGUCUGGUUAGUCUACAAGCUCGUCUUGCAAGGUUUCAGCAUCGACUAAAAGAACAAGAAAUACUUAGUCGGAAAAGAGUUCCUCGAUAAUUGUGUAUGAUGAGUUUCAAGAUGGGAGAUGUUUUUUGGUUUAUUGAGACUGCAUACCAAAUAUGUCAAGUGCAAAUGUUGUUUCUGAGUGGUGAGGGUUCGGAUUCGUUACGAGCAAUGGUUUUGUUAAAUGUAUCAUUCUAAUUCUGAUGUGGCUUUUCUGAUUUACGGGUUUAUGGUCUAAAGUAGUUGUUAAAAGACGAAUAGAAACAAUUUUCUGCCCAAGGAAAGAGAAGAAAAUACAAAAUGUGAAUUAUAUACUUUCAUGAAUUUAUACUUAUACUUCGCACCAAGUUAUUUCA